AUGAUCUGUUGCUUACAGUCGUGUGAGGUUGACUGGCUCUCCUUUGCAUUUGUCACUUCCCAAUAUCUCCUCGUCCGUCCAAACGCUACUCAGCUAUACUCGACGUUUGGGCGACGGUCAGCAAAAUCCACGGACAAUCAGCCGAGACCCAAUCUCGAAGCCCUGUCCCGCCCGAAACCCCCAAUCGUAAUCACUUCCUUCCUCCUCCUCGGACCAGUCGAGCGAUUGUACUUCACAAAGCAAAAGAUACACCUUAUCGCCAGAGAUUGUCCCUCCCGCAUCCAUACACGCAUUUACAACGCACGCGCACAGGCAAGGCAGAUAGGCGGGAAAGGCGGCGAGGUCGACGGGCGCAGCACUAUACAUAUCAUCCUCGCUCUCCCCCAUCCUCCCUCAUCUACCCAUAUCAUCAUCGCCACCGACCUACCGUUUCACCGUAUCCCAUUCGGCACAGCCGGUCUUGGAGACACCAACCAUAACGACCGCGGAUCUAGCAUUUACUGCGAGAAUCCGGAAUCGGAGGUGUCAAACAUCCGCGAACACGUAUCCGGUAGUGCAGGAUCUCUUACACCUACCCCCUUGCCAUCGUCAUCGUCCCUGAUCGGCCCAGUAUCACUACGAUCUAUCCUCCUUGUUCAUCACAAUUCCGCUGCUACCGCCCAUCUUCUUACCGACAUCAUGUCCUCUCCCUCUUCCCCAGCGGAAACUUCCCCAUCCCUCCGCGCCAUCGCUCUCCACCCCGGCUCUUCACGCCCAUUUGCCAAGAAGACCAAAUCCAAAUCCCUCUCCCUUCCCCCAUUUCCCCGCCAACUCGCCCUCGCCGGACCCUCUUCGCCUCCUAACCGGCGCCAGUCAAGCCGGGCGGACUCUACCAGCAGCGCAAUGUCGUCUCGGGACCCAUACUCGGCGGCCAUACUCUCGCCGAGUAACCUACCGCCGACGGAGAGCAUGAGCUACUUCCCUCCUUUCGAGGAUAUGGGGAGUGAUGAGCCAUCUCCGUCAGCGGAGGAGGAGGAGAUGUGUGUCGCUGGACCAUCACGGUCGUCCAGUCCGACUAUGGACGCUAGGGGGGCACACGGGAAGAACAAAAGCCUGGGGAGUCUGGCGAAUUUCAUGGCGUGGGCGACAUUCUCGCCCACUACCGAGUCGGCCCCUUGUCGCCCGUCACUCGCUGCUUCACAGAGCGCCGGUCUCAUCCCUUCGGCGAGCCAACAGACGGACGGGGAGCGGGUCGAGGCGCUGACGAAGCGCUUCACGCCUGCGCAGGGGAAGCGAAGGGUACUGGAGCCAAUGGCGGUGGAUGAGGGGAACAGGGGGGUGACGUUGUUGGGUCUGACGACCACCGGAUCGAUGUCCGAGGUGGACAGGGCGGUGCCGAAGCAGAAGAAGAGGAUGGGUAGCGAGAUUGACGUGGAGAGGAUGAUCAGGGCGGUCAAAGAGGAUGCGACGGGCAGCAGGCUAGGGGAAGAUGAGGAAGGAGCAGUGGAGCGUAUACUGGGAUUCACACCCCUACGACCUCGCGUGCAGCGCCAACAUCUAUCUCUCCCUCCUCCUUCACUUCAUCUGCCUAAUUGGCGCUUCCCAAUCCCCUCACCGCCCAUCACCUCUCUCUCCCCUCACAUUCCCCUCGAGUACUUCCAGAUCGAAAUAUCCAAUCCCGCUUCCACAUCCACUUCACCCAGCAAACCGUCCUCGGCCUUCUCGGACCUACACGAGCUGGAGCUGGACGAGAUCGAGGGAUCGCUCAUGUCCACCGAUUUGACCGACUCCAGCUCCGGCUCGGGCAGUCUCUCUUCGGGCGACUCGGUCCGCUCGCACCCCGUCACCCCAGACCGCUCGCCCCCACGCAAGACGGUCCGUCAGCCAGACCCACGAUUCUGGACACCUAGUCCUCAGUCGGCGUACUCGUUCCGCAAGAGCAAGGGCAGGUUCCGGGUUGGCGAUGAUGAGGACGAGGAGGAUAUCGAGACUAGAGGGGAGAGACUGGAGAUGAUGCUUCCUGAAAAGCUGAAGCUGCGGCGGACGAGCUCGUCGGGAAGCAAGGCGAGCUGUGAUUCAAAUGCUACGAUCAAGGCGAAGGAGGCAGGGGACAUCACACCGAGAGCAGGUAGAGGGUGGAAGGCUGUUCAGGCGGGAUGA